GAAUCGCAGCCGGAGCUUCUCCGACAAUCAGCCAUUCCCACUCAGCACCGCCCAUCGCAUUAGGAGGGAUAAGACCAAGGGGGCCAUCGCCUGGCCCUGCUCUUCUCUUUUUUCGAAAUGUCAUCGUCGUUGGCCGAUCAGGAACCUCAGCCAGAGGACCAGCAGCAGCCGGCGGAUCAUCAGCCCGACCCUCCAUCCGAUUCCCCUGCAUCGCCAAAUGCCUCUCAGCAAGCGACAGCUCACGCCUACGCCAGCAAUGGACUUCAGGUCCUCCAAGCUGCUUCGGAUGCUGCAGCUGCAGCGGCUAUCCAGAAUGUCCAGCACCAUCUGAGUACCGUUGCAGCCGCUGCCGCCGCCGCCGACGAGCAGCAAAUACAGCAACAACACCAACAACACCAACACGAGCCUCAGACUGUUGAGGAACAACAGCAACAGCAGCAAGAACAGUUGGUCAUGUCCUCGGCUGUUGAGCAAGACCAAGUUCAGCAUCAUCAGCCCCCUCCUCCACACACCCCGUCCCAAGCGCCGCCUCACCAACUUCCGCCGCAGGCUUCCCAUGCCUCGGCAGUGACAGGCGCUCCGCCAGCAUCUCCGCUGGUGACAGAUGGCUCUCUUGGUGCCGUGUCACAGAGCGCCAUGUCUGCCUUCCCUCACGCCUUCGCCCCGAUGCCGCCGAUGCCACGAGACCCGACGGUCAACCCGAAGCUGACCCGCUUGCGACGCGCCUGCGAUAUGUGCUCCCAACGCAAGGUCAAGUGCGACGAGUCCGGUCCGCCGUGUAGGCCAUGCUCCGAACUCAACGUCGAAUGCACCUUCAACCGAGAGCUGAAGAGACGAGGACCUCCGAACAAGCAUGCCGAGGCCGCGAGGGCCGCUCGAAGGCAGAGAAUCGAGCCUGGCAUGAGCGGUUCGCCCACCACGGCCGCCUUCACCUCAUAUGGCGCUGCCGUUACACCCUCGCCUUCGCCGCACAAUGCUGCGCAGGCUCUGGUUUCGAUAGCAGAGGGGCCGGGUCGUUUGGACGCAGAGGCCAUCGCGCCCUUGCCCAUUCUCGAGCUCUUGAUCGACGACUUCUUCACCUACAUCCACCCGCUCGCCCCAUUCCCCCACGAGCCGACAUUCAGACACUCCUUUGCGAACAGAGAGGAUAGAACGAAUCCCGAAUUUCUCGGCCUGCUGUCCUCCAUGAUCGCCUCUUUAGUGUCUUCCUUUCCCCGGAGUGCCAGGCAGCACCUCAAGACCCAGCACAGCACCCACCUCUUUCCGAGGGCCAUAGUCAUGAUUGAGAGGUGUCGAGAUAUCGCCCUCGAUACGCGGGGCCCUCGAUGGGCCCUGAAGCAGAAGACGUUGGAUGAUGCCGCCACCAGCUACUUUCUUGGGCUCGCGGCAGGCUACACUUUCCAAGUCCCUCGCUUCCGCUACUUCAUGUCCGAGUGUCUGUCUCUCAUUCGGGAGCUUGGCUUCCACCGGCCCAAGCAUCCCAAUGAGCUUCCCACCUUUGGCAACGAUAACUGCUCGCCCGAUCCCCUACCUUUCCACCACAUCAAGGACCAGAUCGGCAAGCGCAUCUUUUGGUGUCUGCUGCUCGGCGUCAGGUCAUUCUCACAACUAGGCGCCUCCCAUGCCGACUUGGUCAUCGCGCCGUCGACUCCUGGACUGCCAUACCCUGCCCUGCCCGAGAACGUCGAUGAUCUUUAUAUCAUGGCCAACGAAAUCGUGUACCCUCCCGAAAGCUCUGUCACGCUGCUUACUGGUUUCCGCUUUGCCGUCGACAUCUACACGACCAUGAACGCCAUUGUCAGCGUGGAACUCGUUUACGGCAUGAGCACCCUUCCGUGGUCCGAUCAGAGGUCUCUGCUUAGAGACGCUCUCAUUGCCGCCAAAGAUAUCAUCGACCGGCUUCCGCCUGAACUUCAGCUCAGUGCUUCUCAUGAGCAAUCCAGCGGGUUCGGUACCCUUGAGGAUGCCGAGCUCCAAUACGUGCCUCCCGCGUACCCUAGUAGCCAGCCUCCUAAUGAUGUUCGAAACGUGAUCAAGAAUCACCCCCAACGCCGGCGGCAGCUUCAGUACGAGAUUCAAAAGGCCAACAUCUACAUUUCCCAACUGGCUACGCGUUCGUUCUAUGUCGAGUUGUACUUCAACUUGCGCGACGUACACAUGUCCGACCCCAACAAAGAAGAGCACGUCGGGGAUAACGCCGAGGAACAAGCUGCCAAGGGAGCCGAGGACGCAGAGGCAGCCCGUGUCUUUGAGCUGAUGACGGCAGAGCGGGAGCUGAUUGUGCAAAAUCUCCUUCACGUGCUGGGCUCCAUCUCACAGCGCAACCUCGAGCCUAACGGCGGUUCGCUCAUCAACAAGGUUCGACAGGUGGCCUCCACCCUCCUCAAUGAUGCCCCGGAGCGGAAAGGCCCGGUAGCUAUGAAGUCGGAGGAAGCGCUCGUGAAGCUCAUUGACGUCCUUCUCAAGCUCGAGGGAACAGGGCCAAGCGGUAGCAACAUGGCUGGAGAGAACAUGACCCCGCAGGAUGAGGAAGAGGAGAUGCGAAACUGGGCUCAUUUGCGUGAUUACCAACAGCGCUUUGCUGCCCAUGGUGGUUUUGCUGGAAAUAUUUGAUGAGUUGCCAUGGUGUCUACUUUUGCCAACGGCACGGCAUCAAUUAGGAAUGUCUCAAUGUUUCAACUAUAGGAAUUCUCAAUCUGGGAGCAACGACAUGGGUAAAAGUUACCCUCGUCUAUAAAAUGGCUUUGAAGGCGAGGCAGAGAGAAGGGUAAUCCCAAGGAAGUGGGACAAGACAACGGAUAAUAAUGAUACCAGAUCAUUCUCAAC